UUGAGUCUAUGGCCGCCUGUUGUUCUCCGGGCCGCCGCUCUCCACCAGAGGGCAGCAUGGAGGCGGGAAGCAGAGGAACAGCAGCAGAAGAAGAAUCCGGAAUUACAAUCAAAGCAGAUCAAUAGCAGGAGCUGCUUCACCAACAUGGCCGACAUCCUGCAAAAUGUUAUGGAUCACGCAGUCGCUGUUGCACGGAAAGCUGGAGAGGUGGUGCGUGAGGCUCUGAGUGAUGACAGGAAGGUGAUGACGAAGAGCUCAGCCGUUGAUUUAGUCACUCAAACUGACCAGAAGGUGGAGCAGCUCAUCAUCCAAUCAGUGAAAGAGAAAUUCCCUCAGCACAGGUUCAUAGGGGAGGAGUCUGUAGCGGCAGGUGAGCCGAGCAUCCUGACUGAUGAUCCCACCUGGAUCAUCGAUCCCAUCGACGGAACGACCAACUUUGUUCACGCGUUUCCAUUCGUCGCCAUCUCCAUCGGUUUCACCAUCAACAAGAGGGUGGAGGUGGGCGUGGUCUACAGCUGCCUGGAGGACAAGAUGUUCACAGCCCGGCGGGGCAGGGGAGCGUUCUGCAACGGGGAGCCGCUGCAGGUUUCUGAUCAGACAGAUCUUCACCGAUCCAUCAUCGCCACCGAGUUCGGAUCCAACAGAGACCCAGAAGUGGUGGACAAGAUCUUCAGCAGCCUGAGGAACAUCCUGAGCCUCCCAGUGCAUGGGGUGCGUGGUGCCGGCACCGCGGCCAUCAACCUGAGCCUGGUUGCGUCCGGCUGCGUGGAGGCCUACUAUGAGAUGGGGAUGCAUGUCUGGGACAUUGCCGCCGGAUCGUUGCUGGUUCUGGAGGCUGGAGGAGUCGUGAUGGAUGUGGACGGUGGAGACGUGGACCUGAUGUCCAGGAGGAUUGUGGCAGCCAACAACCGCAGUGUGGCGCUGCGGCUGGUGGAGCAGAUCGCCCCCUACAGGCCGGACAGAGAUGACGUGCCGCCUACUGCCUGUGAUUAAAUGGUUUAGCCAGAACACAGA